UCGCCGCGCCAGCCGUUAAGACACCACCGCGGCUGUGGAAGCCCUCGGACGCGGCCAAGCCCAGGGAAGGGGCCCGGGCUGGCAUUACCAUCUCCAUUACACCUGCGCCGCCCGAAGAAUACUCUGCCGAGGGGACAGCAGAGCGAGCUGACAUCUAGCCAUGGCCAAAGAAAUUAACAGCCUCGUGGGCGGGGGAAACACCCGGGAAAUGCAGGACUAUGAGGAGUCAGCUGAAGGAGAGCUACAGCUGAGAGAUUUGUCCUGCAAACCAAGGUGUGAGCUGCAAGAACUGGAGGACAAACUAAGUGAAACUCGUGUGCAGAUCAACCAGAUGGAACGAGAUCUGAAGGCUUCCCGGUGCCACUUAAAGAGGCUAGAGGAACUAGAUGAGUACGAGCAGAAGAUUGAGAACUUGCGGGAUGAGAUUGCUAUGCUGGAUUGCAAAAAGUCUGUUAUCCAGAGCAGGCUUUCCCGCUGCACUCCUCCGCCAUGCCGUCGGAGAUGUCUCUCUCCACCGUGCCGUCUGAGGGGCUGUAUCUCUCCUCCACCGUGCGUUCCAAGGGGCUGUAUUUCUCCUCCACCAUGCCUUCCUAGGGCCUGCUCUCCAUGCCGUCCAAGGGGCUGCUCUCCAUGCCCUGUGAGGGGCUGCUCUCCAUGCCCUGUGAGGGCCUGCUCUCCGUGCCGUCCAAGUGCCUGCUCUCCAUGCCCUGUGAGGGCCUGCUCUCCAUGCCCUGUGAGGGCCUGCUCUCCAUGCCCUGUGAGGGGCUGCUCUCCAUGCGGACCCUGCCGUCCGAGGGCCUGCUCUCCAUGCAUUCCAAGGGCCUGUUCUCCGUGCCCUGUGAGGGGCUGCUCUCCAUGCGUACCCUGCCGUCCAAGGGCCUGCUCUCCGUGCCUUCCGAGGGCCUGCUCUCCAUGCAUACCCUGCCGUCCAAGGGCCUGCUCUCCAUGCGGACCCUGUGGUCCAUGUGGACCCUGUGGUCCAUGCGGACCCUGCCGUCCAAGGGCCUGCUCUCCAUGCGGACCCUGUGGUCCGUGCGGACCCUGUGGUCCAUGCGGACCCUGCCGUCCAAGGGCCUGCUCUCCAUGCAUACCCUGCCGUCCAAGGGCCUGCUCUCCAUGCAUACCUUGCCGUCCAAGGGCCUGCUCUCCAUGCAUACCCUGCCGUCCAAGGGCCUGCUCUCCAUGCGGUCCCUGUGGACCCUGUGGUCCGUGCGGACCCUGUGGUCCGUGCGGACCCUGUGGUCCCUGUGGACCCUGUGGUCCGUGCGGACCCUGUGGUCCCUGUGGACCCUGUGGUCCGUGCGGACCCUGUGGACCCUGUGGACCCUGUGGUCCGUGCGGACCCUGUGGUCCGUGCGGUCCCUGUGGUCCAUGUGGACCCUGUGGUCCAAGGCCCUGCUCUCCAUGCAUACCCUGCCCUCCAAGGUCGGGCUCUCCAUGCCGUCUGAAGUGCCUCUCUCCACCGUGCCUACCAUGUCGUCCAAGGGCGUGUAUGAGGCCCUGUGCCAGGCCCUGUGUGAGGCCCUGUAUCUCUCCUCUGCCGUGCCGUUUGAGGCCCUGCGUGAAGCCCUGCGUGAGACCCUGCGUGAGACCCUGCGUGAGGCCCUGUCCUCCCAAGUGCCGUGCCCUUUGCCCAAGGCCCUGUACACCUCCCCGGAUCAGGCGGGGCAGCGCUUCACACCGUGCCUGCCUCAUAGCUCGCUAUAACUUCAUUUACGCUAAGGAACGCUUGGAGGCAGAGUGCAUUUUGAGGCGAUACGUCUGUAACUUGGAGACGGUGCAGAGGAUAGUAUACAUUGCAUGUGUGGAAUCUUUCCGUGCGGCAAAGAUGGCCUUCUGGAGGGUGAAAAUAAACGUAAAAGACACUUUGGGUAUAUGUUUCAGAGGGGGACCUACGUCACUUGAAGUUGCUGUCCUGGAUUAUAUAGCUUGCCACAAGGAUCUGUAUGACGUUUGUUGCAGUGUCCAUGAAGUAGUUUGCUGCAUGAACAGGAACCCAAAGCUUCCAUGUCCAGGAGAACUGGAUUUCGUUGUGAUCAGCAAUUUGAUUCGAGAGGUGUGCUGUUUGGCUUAUUCAAUGCAGACACUCAUUCCUCCUCUUGAUAUUGCCUAUGGUGUUGAUGGAGAAUGCUUCAAUAGGAACAUGUACUAUCGUAGCUUUGACUCCGAUUUUGCAGCUCCCUUUGUGGCCUAUCACGUCUGGCCUCCUCUGGUAGAAGAUGGCACUGUUAUUGUGAAAGGAGAAGUAGUCACUAAAAAAAUGGUUAUGUGUCCUCGCAGAUGCAGGAUUAGAAGCAGAAGCUGCAGCUGUGGCCGUCCUCUGCUGUGUGGGGUGCCUCGAAGCCGCAGUCUUUCAACAGUGAGGGUCAGAAGGCGCUGCUAACUGGACAUCUUCCUGCAGUGCAACACAACUGGAUUCAACAACUUUGCUGGUGUCGUUUCUCUUCGGAAGUACCUCAAAUCUCUCAAUAAAUGGCGGUUGUCACUCCAAAU